AUGCCAAGCUGGUAUAAGACGCCAUUACUACCUACCUGCUGCCCUGGAUCUUUCGUUGACCAGAACUUCUUCGCGGUGCCGUCAGCAUUCAACACAGAGCCGGUGGCGUGGACUGUAACGCGUUGCCCCUUUGCAACUGCAGACCCUGACCCAGGCUUGACAACGGACGUCUUGAGCUCAGUAAGUGGCGCCAUGAUACGCACCGACAACUGUGAGGAACCUGUCUGA